CGUUUAUGAUUACUUUUUUAUUGUUAUAAAUUAUUAUAAACUUUAAAAAUAAAAUCAACAAAUUUAAAUUUUUCUUUUAUCACACGCAAGAUUUACUCGUUUCAAAUUUUUAUCUUAAAUAUAUAAUUGUAAAAAAAAAAGAAAAUUAUUUAAAAAUUAUUAUGCAAUUUAGAUAAUUUUCUAUAUAAACUAAUAUUUAUAAGUUAAAUAUUCUUUCAUCUUUUAUUCUUAUAUAUAUAACUUUAGAUAUAACUUCUUAUAGAUAUAACUUUUUUACAUUUUGAAAUAUCAGAGUGUCAAAUAUCAAAAUAAAUUUUCACAUAACAAAAAAUAAACGAUAAAAAUAUUUUCAACUUUAUUUUAUAUAUCGUAUUAAAUUAAAUAUACAAAUAAGGAAUUUUGUUUUGGCAAUAUUCUCAUAUAAAUUACAGGAUUCUGUAAAAUACAUGCCACGAAAGAAGUAGUAAAACAAACUCGAAUUUCCCGCAGAAAUUUUAUCGAGCACCCUAUAGGUAGAGCGUUGCGCAGCAGUGAGGCAUCGGCGCCGUCGGCAGCGGUGGCCUCUUGUAGUUUUUGCUACGCCCUCUUCGCAUGAAAAUGAUUCUUCCUCGGCGUGCUGUAGUAGGGAUCGUCGACCAUUGGUUAUCGAACGUUUGACUGACAGUUCGACUAUCUCGUGUUAGGCUCGCGAUGAAAGGGAGAAAGAAAAACGACUUCUGGCUUCAUAUUAACGCCCACUACCGAUUCCGUGCCGUUCUUUAACUCACAUCUCUUUCUACCACGGUGUUGUUGCCCGUCACGACGCCGGUUUUAAUACGCCGAUGACUGACAGCCUGUGGUGUGUUGCAGUAUUUUAUUUAUUCAUACCGAGGGAACGUGUAUGGGGAUUGGGGGAAAUUCAAAAGGAACGUUCGGAAUGGGAAGCAGAACUAGUGCCAGCAACAGUGCUGAUGGUGUUGAGACCGUCUAACGAUGACAUUUAAAUGCAGUGCCGCGCAUCGUUUGGUUCUUCGUGCCACGACGAUUCCCUCCUUCUCCGUCUCUUUCUUUUUUUCCCUUCGCUCUCUGGCUCAUCUCUACUCGAAAUACUAUAAUUUUGUAAAUUACCGGAAGAUCGAAAAUAAAUCAAAGAAUAUUCAAAUAUAAGAGACUUCGGAGGAGCUGAGCAACGAUGGAAGCUGCUAGACAGGAAUGAUAGAAUGCAAGAGGGUAGCACCGCCGUGGCGCUAGCAAUGGUGACUCCUGGCUACGAUCAGGACCCUGCAAGUGGGGUUGCCGAUUACACAACUCAUCAAGAUCAGGCUCAAUUCGAAGCAGACAAGAGGGCAGUGUACAAACAUCCCCUCUUUCCAUUGCUCGCGUUACUUUUCGAAAGAUGCGAACAAGCUACUCAGAGCUCGGACAAUUCAACGUCCGAAAGUUUCAACAUGGACAUACAGGCCUUCGUCCAACACCAAGAAAGAGACCGAAAGCCAUUUCUGAUCAAUGACCCCGAAAUUGACGGUUUAAUGAUCAAGGCGAUACAGGUGCUACGAAUUCAUCUACUCGAACUGGAAAAAGUGCAGGAACUGUGCAAGGACUUUUGCAACAGAUACAUCACAUGCCUGAAGGGCAAGAUGCAAAGCGAGAAUCUGCUACGCAGCGAUUACAGUCACCAUGGACACGAUAUGGGUCCAUCGAGUGGCAGCAACGGGAGCAGUCCUUUGCAGGUGCUGUCUUCUACAGGCAAUGAUGUUGAGUCGGGAGCUAACGGAUUCAGAGUGAGCAGAGGUGAUAUCCUGUCGGAGAACGGUGGUGCGAGUCAGUUGGCUGCGCAAGAGGAAACCGGUAACGACAGGCCGUCGUCGGUGCGAUCAUCUUCCACUGCUCAACGCUCAAAUAGAUCCUCCAGUCAAGACCAUGACGAUCCUCUAUCACCUUCUACGGUGCAUGGAAGUACACCCCUUUCGCAGAUCGGUGCUCAUUCCUGUGCGCCAGUCAACGAUAUGUAUCUUGGUCAAGAUAUCACUGUGGCGGGUUCUCCUUCACCUGCACCAAGCGAAGAUGAAGACGAAGUAUGUGGCACUGGUACUACUACUUCCAAUCACAGUAGUAGUCAUGGAGGUAAUCAUAGUAGCGUUAAAAAAGGAAGACAAAAACGAGGUGUCUUACCUAAACAAGCUACGAGCAUUAUGCGAACUUGGCUUUUUGAACAUUUAGUUCACCCAUAUCCCACGGAGGAUGAGAAACGUCAAAUUGCAAGUCAAACGAACUUAACGUUAUUACAAGUUAAUAACUGGUUCAUCAAUGCUCGUCGACGAAUUCUUCAGCCAAUGCUCGAUGGUGCCGGGGCAGAUUCAGUGCAACGUGCUGGAAAACGUCACAAAGUAUCAAAGCACGUGGUACAACAUCAACACGUACAACAACAGCAAGGAGGCGGCUGGCAAUCUGAAGACUCUGGGAGCGAUUCAGGCUCCAGCGACGGUGAGGGAGGUGCCGAUAGAUCGAAAGAUGGUAAUGAUAGCGAUGAAGAUGAUCUUCACUGACCUCUGUCGAUCAUCGAAACAUCAACCUCUUUACGGUACCUUCAAAUCCAGUUGCUCAUUACAGUAUUAAGGUAUUCGAGAAUAGAUUUCGCUUUAACUGUCAAAUACGUAAUUAUUCUCGCGAAAAUCAAGGGUAUUAUUGGUCGAGGUUAUCACGCUCUCUUAUCGGAUCCGAUAGUUUCGAUCUCCUUUUCUAUCCAUGGAGCAUCUUAGCGUUUUUAAGCGUCAUUAUUCAUUAACUACGGUCCGAGAAAGAUUGAAAAGAAAUAUUGUAUAAUUCGAUUAUGAAAUAUGUUCUCUUCUUUUUUCCUUUUCUUUUUCUCCCACUAUAUUGUCCGCAAGAACAAUAUGAUCAUGAUAUGAAAAAGAUUCAUUAAUCGAUUUAUAGAAAGCAAAUUUUGAAUAUGAUGAAACUUAGGAUUGUUAUUUAAUCAGUUCUAUUGAAUCGUUGAUAAAUAAGCUACAUUGUAGCAGUUUUUCCCCUAAAAUAGUUCUUUGUUUCUCGCGAUUGUUUCUUUUUAACGAUUGUUAAUUUGCAUAAUAUAGUUUAGGAUAACGAAUGAAAAUACUACAUGUGUAGUAUAAGUUAUCAUUUGUAUCAUUUAUUAAACCAUAGAUCUACGAUAUUUGUUGAACAUCGUUUAAUUAAUUAAAGCGUGGUUCUUAUGUCAAUAAUUUGUAGGAACAAAUUAUUUUUCGAAAAAAACUUGAAUAUUUACGCUACGAGAGAUUGUUAGAGGUCGUAACAAACACAUUUGCCUGUAAUAUGUACAUUCUUUUCUAUGGUGUAGAGUAUGAACAAACGUUUCACUCAUUUAAUGAUAAAAAAAAAAAAGUUAAAUCUAAGGUGACAACAAAAAACUCAACGUUAAUGUUUAUAUAUUUUUAUAUCAAAACUUUAUUUCUUUCGAAAUGCGUUUUCUUGACUUUACAGCAAACGUCUUUCAAUGUUUAACAAUAAUAAAAAAAAAACAGAACAAGAGCAGUAUAUGAUUACAAACCAUAAUUUCUACAAAAAAAAAAAGAAAA